AUGGGCAAUUCGUAUGCGGGUCAGCUGCGCACCACGCGUUUCGAGGAGGUCCUGCACAACUCCAUUGAGGCGUCUCUGCGCUCCAGCACCGUGGUACCCAGACCCGUGUUCUCACAGCUCUAUCUGGAGCCAGAGCAGAGGCCCGGCGUUCCGAAUGGCCAAAUGGAGAAUGAGGAAGAUGAUGAUGAGGAUGGCUCAGAGUCUAACAGUCCUCCCAUUCCAUACCAGAUAAAGCCUCCACCAGAAGGCUGCUGCACCACUGAUGGGUUCUGUCAGGCUGGGAAAGACCUGCGUCUGGCCUCCAUGUCUGCUGAAUGUGUAGAUGUACCGACGGGAUUCCUGCUGGUUGGGGCCAAGUCUCCCAGUAUCCCUGACCACAUACUGGUCUGUGCAGUGGACCAGCGCUUUCUCCCAGAUGAGCGUGGGCGUAAUGCACUUUUAGGCUUCUCGGGGAAUUGCGUUGGCUGCGGCGAGAAGGGCUUCCGCUACUUCACCGAAUUCUCCAAUCACAUCAACCUGAAGCUCACCACGCAGCCCAAGAAACAGAAGCACUUAAAAUACCACCUGCUGCGCAGUGCUCAAGGGGUGCUUGUUAAGGGCCCACCCAUUUGCUGGAAAGGAAUAAAUGGCCGUGCAAGACAGACCUCCUCUGUGGCUUGUACUGAGCAGCCAGCACCUGGUCCUGGGGCUAAUGACCCUCUGGCCAGCUCAGGACAUGCAGGCCCCAACUCAGCCAGCUACACAGAUCUGAAUGGCCAUCUCCAUGUGUCUGAAACUUCCCUUCCCAUGACCAAUGGCAGCCACAUUCCCAUAUCCCAGCAGCCUUUGCCCCAGGCAAGCCUGGCAGCUUAUGGCCCAGGAAGGCUCACAGUUAUUGGUUCCAUUGCAAACACGGGGCCGCCCAAAAAGAGACACAAGGGCUGGUCUCCAGAAUCCUCAGGACCCUCUGAAGCUGCUCAUAGACCUGCUCCAUCCAGCACAGUCGGUGCCACAAAGUCAGCAGACAACAGGACUUCAGGAUUUCUGUGUCAGGGUUCCUCACCACUCUUCCCUCCAGGAGAGUCUGUCACAGUGCCUGAUAACCUGCUCCAGACAUGUGGACUGCAGCCAGUCAUCUUUAAAGGUCACGGGGCUCUACCACGUCUGUGUGGGAACACAGGUGAGGUACUGGUGAAUGGACGGCUGCAGUCGUGCUACCAGGGCUCACAGACGCUCCCACGCAUCUAUGAACAGCAUGGCGCCUCAUCCAUCCAGCCACUCUCCACUGAGAUGCAGAUCCUUCUCACCAUCUACUACCUGGUGCAGCUCGCCCCUGACCAGGUGCCCUUGAUGGAAGACCUGGAACAGAUCCUCACGCGUUCCUGGCGUGAGUCACAUCUAACAGAAAUCCGGCAGUACCAGCAGAACCAUGCCCAGUUUCCCACCCCUAUCCUGGGGCUGGCCCAGCCUCUCACCUCAUCCCAGUUGCCCUGGCUGGCCAAGCUGGCCACCAGCUCUUGUGGAGAGUCCGUGCUGGUGUUGGACACGAUACCAUCUCUGGCUGAGGCGCUGGAUGACACCUUCCAGAGAUUGUUGGAAGGCAGGCUGAGUCAGACACAUUAUGUGGUCAUCAUCUGCAUGGGCAGGAGCCAAGAGACUGAGUCCUGCGUUGUAGUAACAGGGAAGCACCAGACACGAGCACUUGCAGAAAGCAUGAUCUCUCCCAGCGACUGCAUGAGGGAGAUCAGGCAGGAACUCUCCUCUGGGAUGACUGCAGAGCUAGAGGCCUCCUUUAGCUCACUAGGGCCAGAUGAAGAUUUGGAGGCUGUGUUGGAGAAAGCCAGUCUGGAGAGUGCUAGCCCCUCUGCUCAGGGUUACAGACAGGAGCACACUGGAGAACCCACUUGUUCAGAGUACCGGGUCACGUGGCAUGAGAUCCGGCCCAUUCAACUGGCAGUGGCUCGGAAACUGCUGUCCCACGUGUGUGCCAUUGCCGAUUCCAGCACACACAACCUGGACCUUGGUUCGUUCGACAAGGUGGAGUUCCUGAUCUGUGUGCCUCCCUCCGAGGUCACCUUUCAGCAAGUUGCCCAGCACCUCUGCAGCUCAGGGGUCCUGCAGGAGCUGGGUCUGGACCAGGAUGGCCCAUCUACAAAGGGUGCUGAACAGUAUGUUGUAAAGCUAGACCAGAGUGCAGUGGCAAAGAUCAAUGGCCUCAUUCAUAAAUCCAAGUUGAACCCCUACACCCUCUUCAUACUGGUGCAUGACCAUGCACACUGGGAUAUUAGCAGUGAACAGUACGGCAGACUCGCGGGCGAUCCCAGCUCAGGAAUGGUAGACAGCCUGCUAAACUCCAGGCAGAUUCAAGAGGCGGCCAACAUCUUGACUCUCCACGUGACAUCAUUCCCCUUCGCCCUGCAGACUCAGAACACACGCAUCAGCCCUUAUAAUGAGAUCCACUGGCCAUUCAACAAUGAUGUGGAUCUGUAUCAGGAGAAAACAAAGUACUUUGGUGUGACUGAGCUUUUGGAGUCCACUCGCUCGGGGAACAGUCUGCCUCUGCUGCGUUUUGACAGCUCGUUCGAGAGCAUGGUGGCUGCACUAGAGGAGAGGUUCCCCAAGCUGCACAGUGUGGUGAUCCGCACCCAGGUGCUGCUGCGGCACUACUGCAUGGCACUGCUGGCCACGGCCGGCGGCCAGACCCAGCUACAGAAGCACACCUCCGUGGAGACACUGGAGAUGGUUCAGUGCCUGCUGGGCGUGGCCGGCUCCUGUGGCAGCCGACACGGCCACAUGCUCCUGCUCCGCAUCCCUUUCCCGGUGCUAGCGGCGCGGGCACACCAGCGGCUCUGCCGGGUCCGUGACCUCCUCGGCCUGCACGACCGCUUUGAGGUCGUGCUGGGAGACCCCAUGUCAGGGAUCGUUGUGGGAAAGCACUUCCUGAAUCAGCUGAAGAUAUGGCUGAAGAUCCAAGACCCGGACUGGACUCCUCGCACGUAUCUGGAGCUGGAGGCAUUACCCUGCAUUCUUAUCUUUACUGGCAUGGACCCAAUGGGAGAGUCCCUGCCAAGGUCUCUGAAAUACUGUGAUCAGCGUGUUCUGAGCUGCUGUGCUCAGCAGCGCACAGCCCUGGAGCAGGAGCUGGGCCUGGCCGCCUACCUGGUGUGGGCGGAGCCACGGAGCGAGCGCAAGCCGCCCACCUCCAGCGACCUGUCCGAAAGCGACCCCGACAAGCCGAGCAGCACUGACAACGAGGAGGAAGAGCAUGCGCUCAAUGUGAAUAGUGCACUCCCCGGACUGGAUCAGUCCCAGAAUCCACAGUCUGACUCCUCCCCUCACAAACCGCACAAACUGAGCCUACGCCAAGCCAGUGUGAGUGAUGAUACUCCUCAAGCCUAUAGGCGAUCCUCCAAGUCAACGUCCCCUGGCUCCUCAUCCACGCCAGACUCGCCCCUGCGCUACUCCUGCUCCUGGGCCCGUGACCUCAACCGGCCCCCCGUGGUUCUCCUCCCGAAAGCCCUCUAUGAUCUCAUCACCACAGUGGAUUCCAGUGGCCUGCCAAAGUCGACAUCUUUCCUCCCACACGCAUCUGUGGAGUGGGACAGCUCCUUCAGACCCCUCCUCAGCAAGAUGAUGACGUGCACUGAGCAGUCUCUAUACUACAGGCAGUGGACAAAACCCAAGCCCCACCACAUGGACAGCAGUAACCGGUCGGAGGGCCGCAGCGACAACUUCCAUCCACGCCGCCUGCUCCUCAGUGGGCCACCACAGGUUGGAAAGACUGGGGCGUAUCUGCAGUUCCUGGGCAUUCUCUCUCGCAUGCUCAUCAGACUCAUGGAGGUGGACAUCUAUGAUGAAGAGGACAUCAACUGCCAAAGUUCCGAGCCAGAGUCGGGUCAAUAUCACCAGCCCGUUGCGUCCUGGCCUAACGCUGACACCAUGAGGGGAAUGCCUUUUGACUUCACCAUCUAUGACCCUAAAUACGAGGACAUCAGUGCCAUCUACUCACCUGAUUUCACUCUGAAACCAGAGAGAAACCACCGAAGGCAGGAGGAUGUAUACCUUCGGCGACGUACUGCACGGAUCAAGCUCUCCAAAUAUGCAGCAUACAAUACUUACCAUCACUGUGAACAGUGCCAUCAGUACAUGGGCUUCAACCCUCGAUACCAGCUGUGUGAGUCCACCCUGCACGCUUUCACCUUCUCUCACCUGCUGCUUGGUGAGGAGAUCCAGCUCUAUUUCAUCAUUCCCAAAUCCAAAGAGCAUCACUUCUCCUUCAGCCAGCCAGGAGGCCAGCUCGAGAGCAUGAGACUGCCCCUCAGCUCUGAUUGGAAUCCCGACUGCAUCAAGAGCCCAAUAUUCACACCCACCACAGGACGCCACGAGCACGGUCUGUUUAACCUGUUUCAUGCCAUGGAUGGAGCCUCCCACCUGCACAUCCUGGUUAUCAAAGAAUACGAGAUGGCCGUCUACAAGAAAUACUGGCCUAAUCACAUCAUGCUGGUUUUGCCCACCAUCUUUAAUGGAGCUGGUAUAGGAGCAGCACAUUUUUUGAUUAAGGAGUUGUCCUACCAUAACCUGGAACUUGAGCGUAGUCGGAGGAUGGAGCAUGACAACCGGCUUCAGGACGUCUGGCCCUUCAUCAUCCUUGCAGACGAUUCCUGUGUCAUGUGGAAUGCUGUGGACAUCGACCCCAAAAGCGGUGCAGUGGAAUCCGAGCAGAAUGUUUCACUGAAGCAGGUGCUGCAGCAUAUGGAGUCCUCUCCAGAUAUCACCCAGUAUGGCAUGUGUGGCCUGAGGAAGUGGUCGAGCUGGGGAGGUAGGACGGGACGAUGCAGAGAGCCGUUUACACGGGGACACCUGCACGACUUUGUGCUCCUCAAUGUGGACCUGACACAGGAUGUGCGGUACAACCAAAACCGAUUUACCUGUGAUGACGUGGACUUCAACCUCCGCAUUCACAGUGCUGGUCUCCUCAUCUGCCGUUUCAACAACUUCAGCGUGAUGAAGAAGCAGAUAGCCAUCGGAGGAUACCGCACCUUCAUCAUAAAAACCAAGAUGACAGAUGUACCUACAACAGUACAGCCGUCCCAGUACAUCUGUGCCCCAGACAGCAAGCACCUAUUCCUGGCCACACCGGCCCAGCUUCUGCUGGAAAAGUAUCUGCAGCACACCAGCCAGCGACUGUUCCCCCUGAGUGCUGGCAACUGCAGCCAUCCUGUGCUCUCUGUCGACUGCUAUCUCAACUUGGGCCCUGAGGCGACGGUGUGCUUUGUCAGCUCAAGGCCACACUCCAUCAAUAUCAGCACUGCUGGUCUGCUCUUCAGUGGACUCCUGCUGUAUUUUUGUGACUCGUUUGUCACGCCUGGCUUCCUCAAGAAGUUCCAGUUCCUGAAAGGGGCAACCCUAUGUGUCAUCUGCCCUAAUCGGAGCGCCCUCCGUCAGACGGUGGUGCGGCUGGAGCUGGAGGACCGGUGGAGGUUCCGCCUGAGCGACGAGUUUCAGACAGCCAAUGCCAAAGAGGACCAACCACUCUUCUUUCUCACGGGGAAACACAUCUGACAGUCAGAAAGUCUCCAACAAAGAGCCGUGAACUAUACCGUCUGUAUAUAGCUGUCUGUGUAUAUAAUGGAUACGGCGUUCUGAAGUUUCCUUUGUUUUGUCCUUGUUGUUUUGUUUGCAUGAUGAUUCUGUUCUCUUUGAUGGUUUCCAAAGAGACCAAAUUAAAUGUUACUUUUAACACAUCCUUGGUUUUCAUAUCAGCAAUAUUACAAAAACUUCUAUUUAUUUUCACAACCAUAUUUUAAUGACCAUAACUCCUGUCUUAGUUUUUUCCCAUUAUUGCAACAAUUUGUUCAUGGAGAAUUUUACAGCUAUCAAAUAUAGAUUUUGCAGAUGUUUUGUGGAGAAAGAAUAUUUUUCUAGAUGUUUCUUUUGCUUGUACUGUGAUAUCGUUACAUCAUCACAUACAUCAUGCCAUGUAAGUAUGCUGGCUAUUGUUAUUUUUUAAGAGAUUGCUUGUGUGGUUUGUACAGUUCAAGAAUGUCUGUCUUUUUUUUUUUUUUUUGCUUUACGCUGCAUCUUGUGCUGUUUCUCCUGCUAUGCCAACUCUAGAGGGCGCUACAGUAAUAUCAGUUUCUACCUCCUCAAUGUCUGUAAGUGACUGUAAUGUCAAGCCCAAAACCCAUCCAUAAAAAUGAACAGAUUUAUUAGA